GGAGCGAUGAGCUCAUUUCCGACUCUAAAAUUUAUGAAUUAACCAGAGCCCGUCUUAUUAGACAUUCUCUGAAUUAACCUAACGUUAGCCUUCUUCAUCACUUGCAUUUACAAAUAACUGUUCCUAUAUACUUGAAUACAAUUCUGUGUUUUUGUGAUUGAAGAUAAAGGAGGCAAACAAAUCACUUACGAAGACGUUUCUCACCGUUCUGGUCAUGUCGGCGGCGGACCUGGAUCUGUCACCGCCGGAGGUUCCGGAGCCCACUUUCUUUGAGAGUCUCCUCCGUUAUGGACUCCUGCUAGGGGCCAUCUUCCAGCUAGUCUGCAUCUUGGCUGUGGUAAUGCCCUUCAACAACAGCUACGAACAGGAGGAAUCUGCAGAGAAAAGUGAAACGAAGUCUGGAGACCAAACCAAGAAGGCCAAAGGGCCUGUUCCUCAAGCCCGCCAGAAACCCAAAAAAGAAAGUAAAAAGAAGAGAUAAGUGUGUGUGUGUCUGUGCACAUACUGUGUCUGUGCACACACUGUGUACCAGUGUAUUUAUGUUCCUGCAGUGAUUCAGGCUUGGAAAUGCUGCAGUUUUUGCAUGAAUCAUUGAUGUAAACACCUCCAUGCUGAGGUGUUUUACAGCUCUGGCAUCAACCAAUGCUGUGCUAUUUUAUAGUACGGAUGAUACGAAUGACCACUGAGAAAUACUUCUUCAGUGCAAGUGUGUACUGUGGUGCUUGCAGCUACAGUCAACACCCUGGGUUAACACUACCAGUGACACAUAAUUACACCAUGACAUAAUUACUCUGUGACUGGUGGACAUGCCAUUCUAACGAACAUAAAACUAUUGUUGUUUAACUGCUGACAAAACGACAGAGUUGAUGUGUGAGCAAAUCUUGACAGUAUGGGAUGCAAUAUUUUAACACAGACAUCAUGUUUUCUGUCUUGUUUUGUGUGUGUUUUUUUAUACAUUUCUAUUAAUCUCUUGGGAUAUCAUGAGGGUGUCAGGGCCACUACUUAAGUUGCACACAGGAUGUCAGCCUUCAGUGGGCCCUGUGUUGUUAAAUCCAAAUCGACCACUACAUGUAAUAAAAUAUUGUUCUUCAAUGUAAAAAUCCUGUUGUUGUGCAA